AUGAGCGACAAACUCACCCGUAUCGCCAUCGUCAGCAACGACAGGUGCAAGCCAAAAAAGUGCAAGCAGGAAUGCAAGCGCUCUUGCCCCGUCGUCAAGAUGGGAAAACUCUGUAUCGAGGUCAAUCCAACAGACAAAAAGGCCGUCAUCUCGGAAGAGCUCUGUAUUGGAUGUGGUAUCUGUGUCAAGAAGUGCCCGUUCGAAGCCAUCCAAAUCCUCAACCUCCCCACCAACCUCGACUCACACGUGACCCACCGGUACUCUGCCAACGCCUUCAAACUCCAUCGUCUCCCCACCCCUCGUCCAGGCCAGGUCCUCGGUCUCGUCGGAACCAACGGUAUCGGCAAAUCCACUGCGCUCAAAAUCCUCAGCGGCAAGCUCAAGCCCAAUCUGGGUCGUUUCGACAAUCCUCCAGAAUGGGCCGAGCUGCUCAAACACUUUCGCGGAUCGGAACUCCAAAACUUCUUUAUGAAGGUGCUCGAGGAUGAGAUCAAGGCGGUCACCAAGCCGCAGUACGUCGACCAAAUACCUCGGUCGAUCAAAGUCCCCAAUAUGACGGUGGGCAAGAUGUUUGACCGGCAGACGGAGCUGCCGAAUAGGGAUCAGCUCGAGACGGAUCUCGAGUUGAAGGGAUUGCAGGAAAGAGAGGUGGGACAGUUGUCGGGAGGGGAGCUGCAGCGGUUCGCCAUCGCCAUUGCGUCGGUGCGGAAUGCGGACAUUUACAUGUUUGACGAGCCGUCGUCGUAUCUCGACAUUCGGCAACGUCUGGCGGCGGCCAGGGUGAUUCGGGGGUUGGUGACGCCUACCAACUAUGUCAUUGUCGUCGAGCACGACUUGGCCACGUUGGACUAUUUGUCAGACUUUAUCUGCGUGCUGUAUGGUGUUCCAGGAACGUAUGGAGUGGUGACCAUGCCCUACUCGGUCAGAGAAGGUAUCAACAUCUUCCUCGACGGCAUGAUUCCCACCGAAAACCUCCGAUUCCGCGAGGAAUCUCUCACCUUCCGUAUAUCCGAAUCCGCCUCGGACGACCUCAUCGUCCAAAAGCCCCAAAAAACCAACUACCCCUCCAUGACCAAGACCCUCGGCGGAUUCAAGCUUCACGUCGACCCAGGAGAGUUUUCCGCCUCGGAGAUUAUCGUUCUGCUCGGCGAGAAUGGAAUGGGCAAGACGACGUUGGUGCAAUUGCUCGGUGGAAAGCUGGAGGCAGACGAGGCAGACAAGGCGAUGGGGUUGAGGGUGUCGAUGAAGCCGCAGACCAUCAGUCCAAAGUUCCCAGGAACGGUCAGGAUGUUGUUGUUGAAGCGGAUCAAGGCGGCCUUCAUGCACCCGCAAUUCAACUCGGACGUCAUCAAGCCAAUGCAGAUUGAGGCGAUUAUUGACCAGGACGUGCAGACUCUAUCCGGAGGAGAGCUUCAACGAGUUGCCAUCGUCCUUGUCCUCGGUGUCCCCGCCGACGUGCUUCUCAUCGACGAACCCUCUGCCUACCUCGACUCUGAGCAGCGUAUCAUCGCCAGCAAGGUCAUCAAAAAGUUCAUUAUGGGAUCGAAGCGUACCGCCUUUGUCGUCGAGCACGAUUUCAUCAUGGCGACUUAUUUGGCCGACAAGGUUAUUGUGUUUGACGGAAAGCCGGCGGUCGAGUCGUAUGCGAGAAAACCCGAGGGACUCUUGACGGGAAUGAACAAGUUCUUGAGGUCGCUGGAUAUCACGUUCAGACGAGACCCUACCAACUAUAGGCCGCGUAUCAACAAGAUGAACUCGCUCAAGGACAAUGAGCAGAAGGCGUCGGGAUCUUUCUUCUUUGUGGAUACCGACUAG